AUGGCGGAAGAUAUCAGAGAUGUCUCAAAUUUUCCUUGGUGUAUUGUUUUGGCGGUUAAUGCACUAGUACUUAUAAAACUCAUUCCCAGAGACUCCAUAGAAUCCCCUUUAUAUCCUGGAAACCUCACUUUCCAUGAAAGAGUUCAAGUGCCAACAAAUGCCAAUCCUGUUUCCACCAAAGCUUCACCAUUUUUGAUCGCCUGUGAUAAUCCUCUUUGUCAUCUCUUUAACUGCGUCAAUAACCAAUGUUUCUAUAACGUCAAUUGCAAGGACGGAUCCUCAACUUAUGGUGUUGCCUCUUGGGAGAGUUUCACAUUUGUGUCACAAUAUGCACUUGUUACAACCAUUCAUGAUGUGUCAUUCGGUUGUUCAUUUGCCAGCAAAGGCUUCCCUGGAAGCCAAUUCGAUCGUGUUUCCGGGAUAUUGGGAUUCGGUCAUGGCCAAAGUUCUCUGAUACAACAAAUCGGUAGUUUUAUUGAAUCUCGCUUCUCCUAUUGCUUUUUUGAUCCUCAACCUGAAGGAGGAUACAUGUCUGUGGGGUUUCUGAAGUUUGGCAUUGACAUGGGCUAUCGCGGAGGCCAAGUUCAGACAACCCCUUCUGUAAAUCACUCUACGAGUGAUAAUUACUACUUAAAUUUACUUGCAUCAAUAACAAACGUUUGA